GAAAAAGAGCGACGAAAGAGGAGAGCGGCAAAGAUGAAGGGUUUCGUAAAGGGGGAUGGGAGAAAGGAGAGGCAUGCGACGGCUGACAGCGAAUAAUACGAGCGCGGCGCAUUGGAAUCCUGGACGGUUUGGAUGGGGACCCUUUUGUGCAUCGACAAAGAUAGUAACGAAUGGCGUCACAUGCAGCAGCGGCACGCGCAGCAUAGGUACGGAGUAGUGCAACACCAAGCCGGCUGCCGGCAAAUUCCCAUACUUUGCAGCCGCCGCAAUUGGCCUCGCUCUAAGCCUUCUUUUUUCCUGUCCUUCGCCGCGCGCAGCAGCUUCACCGUUGUCGUCGUCGGUGAGCAGGUGCUGAUGACGCUCAUGUUUCAGCGGUGACGAUCUGCUCACGAUCCAGGCGCCUCUCCGCACUUUUGCUCGCGCCGGUGGGUCUCGCAAUCUUGCAAGCGGGCAAUCCCU